CCCGUGAAGGCAGCAGAUCUUCCGCUAAGCUACUGAGUAGUGAGAAACCUUCAUCCCGAGGAGAGGACAGUGUUUUAUACGGUGGUAGUCGAGGCUGUGCUUCUGUUCUUUGCAAAACAUGCUGAACCCGCAGAGGUCUCUGUCCGAGCUGCCCAAGAUGUCCGCUGCCAGUCAGGUGGAGAGAGCCGUGCUGGAGGAGGAAUUCAACUGGCUGCUGAAAGAAGAAGUGCACGCUGUCCUGAAGCAGCUCCAGGAUGUACUUAAGGAGGCAUCCAGACGUUUCUCAAUGCCGACACCAGGCCUGGAGAGUCAGCUCAAACAAGAGAACUUCAUCCUCGGCAGCUCAACCAUGGAUCAGGUGAAGGGGGUUCUGACACUGCAGGGAGAGGCUCUGAUCCAGGCUGACAUAAACCUGAAGGUUGCAAAGAGUAGCCAAGUGCUGCACUUUCAGUUCAGAGAGGACAAGCAGUGGAAGCUGCAGCAGAUCCAGGAUGCCAGGAACCAUGUGAACCAGGCUCUGCAGCUGCUGAACAGCCAUGAUGAGAGCUACCACUUCAAGACGGGGGCUGAGGUUAAUAAGCUAAUGGAUGCAGUGAUGCUCCAGCUGACACGAGCACGAAACCGCCUCACCACACCGGCCUCCAUGACGCUGGCCGAGCUGGCCACCAGUGGUCUGAUGAAAAUGUUCACCCCUCCCAUGCCUGGGGAUGUGAUGGUGAACUUUUACAUCAACUUAAGUAAACUGUGUCUGACUGUCUACCAACUUCACGUGCUGCCUCCCAACACCACCAAGAACUUCAAACCUGCUGGAAGCUCAGUGUUGCAUAACCCUGGCGCUAUGUUUGAGCUCAACAACAACCGUUUCGAAGUGAGCCAUGUUCACAAGGUGGAGUGUGUGGUGCCUUGGCUCAAUGACACGCUGGUGUUCUUCACCAUUUCCCUGCAGCUCUGUCAGCAGCUCAAGGACAAGAUAUCUGUCUUCUCCAGUUUCUGGAACUACAGACCUUUCUAAUCCAGCUCCAGUCCAUCCUCCAGAAUAACCACAGUGUAAGGGACAUCCUGGGAAGGGUUUUAUUUUUUAUAUAUAUAUAUAUUUGUCAUCCAGUCUGAGCUGUUGCAGGAUGAGGCAAAGGAGCCAAUCAAACACUGACAUAGAUCAAUAUUUGCCAUUCCCAGUUGUGUUAGGCCAGCUGAUUGACAUUCCUUAUGUGUGUGUAGCAUUUCACUGACUUGAACCUCUGAGAGAAUGAAUGUGAUUGUUGUUCAUUUGUUAUUAUAAUUAUUUUUUUGUUAAAUUCAAGCAACUUAAUACUUACUGAGUAUUUAUCUGGUUCUCAUCCCAAAGGUUUCGAAAUGUGUUGUUGUGUGAAACACUAAUGUGUGUACUCAGGGUUGGAGGACGAAGCGUAUAGUCAGAAGAGCUCAUGGUGGGAGAAAUAGCAUGUUUGAUUCUUACAGGAGAUGAUUCAAUAAUGUUUUAAAUCAGUGUCUCACUGAGUGAUGGGGAACCACAUGAACUAAACACUUUCUGCCAAAGUUACAACAGUUUUCAAUAUUGUCAACUCACAACUUAAGUUUUGAUUUAGUUAUGAAUAUUUUUACAAAUCAGGAAAUAAUCAGUGUAGUUCCCCACUUAAAGGAACAGUUCAACAUUUUGGCAAGUCCUGUUCUGUUUCUUGCCAUUCGUGUCUGCAUGAUAACUAUGAAGCUAUAGCUGGCCGCCAGUUAGCUUAGCUUAGCAUUAAGACUGAAAACAGGGGCUGACAGUUCCCUUACUCUGAGGAGGAUUCUGGUUCAGCUUCACUAAUUCCAUAAUCCUGCUUAUUUACCAGUGACAGAUAAUCAGUGUCUGAAUUCACUUCCCUGUUUGUUAGGACCUGGAUAUGUGGAACUGUUCAGCUACCAGUCGUGUCUGUUGAUGUAAUGUGUGAUUGUCUGCUCUGUGUUCAUAUUUAUUUUCCAUAUUUUGCACGUUGUUGAUUCUCUGUGAACCAAACACUAAUCCAAUCAUGAACAAAUGACUUCAUUCCAGUAAGUGUUAUUCUAUUUUGAAAAGCUGCCUGUUAUAUAAAAUGUGGAAAUUAUUUAUCUGUGCAAUAAAAUAUU